UUCAGCGCGCGCUCCUGGUCCAAACGAAAGAGCCGGAGGAGCUGAUAACCCGCUUCACCGUUAACCGUCGGUCUUCGCGUAAUCAAUUAAUCCCUGGGAAAAUAGCAGAAUGUCUGAAGAAAAGCCAAAGGAAGGAGUGAAGACGGAGAACGACCACAUUAACCUCAAGGUAGCUGGUCAGGACGGGUCGGUCGUACAGUUCAAAAUCAAGAGGCACACUCCGCUCAGCAAACUAAUGAAGGCAUACUGCGAAAGACAGGGAUUGUCAAUUCGUCAAAUAAGGUUUAGGUUUGAUGGACAGCCAAUUAAUGAAACAGACACACCUGCACAGCUGGAGAUGGAGGAUGAAGACACUAUUGAUGUAUUUCAACAACAGACAGGAGGUGUCUUUUCUUAAGUGGGAUGUGGACUGGACCCUUGGAAAAACAUCCACUCCAAUUUUUCAUGUUUCAUUUGUUUAUUUCUGUUUUUAUUUUUAUUUUUUGUCACUGUGCUUUACUAAAUGUCAGGCUGUUCACAACACAAAAGGGUUUUUUUGUUUGUUUGUUUUUCAUCUGAAGUCCAAUCAUGACUUUGAGGUGCAGUGUAAUGUUUUUUUAAUUUUAUUAUUAUUUUUUUAAAUUACGUUUUAUUCACAUAAAUGGAUGAUUAGAGAUUGUCCAAGGAAGGGACACAUUUUAAAUAAGAUAUGGCUUGUAAUUUAAAAAAAAACAAAACUGUUCUUUUGAUGUUGAGAUGACAUCUUGCAUGUCUCAAAUCAUAAGCUGAAGCACAUGCCAAAAUCUUUUUCUUUUCUUUUUUUUUUUUUUUAAGUUUUCCAGGUUAUUGUAAGCAUUCAAAUUCAGGUUGGGCUAAUUUUAAUUCAUGUUUUUCAUGAAAACUGCUGCAUGGGAACCAUUGGGUAAUGUCUCCAUAGAUGGGAAAGGCAUUGUGAUAUAUUUCUCAUGUAACAAACCUAU